AUAUAUGAAUAGCUGCCAGCACAGACAACAUGUAGGUAUGUAAACUUGCGGUUGUUUGUGUGACUAAAUUAGGGCGUGUUGGCUCCGCUGCGCCCACUUCUGCGCCUCUUGCGCUUCACCUCAUGAAUAUUAAGCAGGCUUUCAGACGCAAUAAAACCCGACCCCCUCCUGUACGAACAGCAUCCACCAGCGUAACGUUUCGCCGGGCUUUCAUCAGAGAUCUUUGCUCUGUGACUGAAGACACUGAGGAUUUUUGUUUUCAUUUUUAUUUAUUUAUUUUAUUUUAUUUUUUUUGGGGGGAGAGGAUAAUCAAAAAAGAAAAUGGCACUAAGAGGAUCGCUUUCCCGUCUUCUCCGAACUCAACUCAGACAUACCUGCCAGCAAAGCAGAGCUCAGUCUGUGGCAAUACUGGGAGCCCCGUUCUCAAAAGGACAGAAAAGAGGAGGAGUGGAGCACGGCCCCAAAGUUAUCAGAGAUGCGGGUCUCAUCGAGAGGCUGUCCAGCUUAGACUACUCUGUUCAUGACUUCGGCGACCUCAGCUUCCACCUCCCGGAGACGGACGAGCCCCACAUGAACGUGAAGUCCCCGAGAAGCGUGGGCGGCGCCAACCAAAAGUUAUCCCGCGCAGUGAGCAGAGCUGUCGGCGCCGGGCACACUGUGGUCAUGUUGGGGGGAGAUCACAGCCUCGCUAUUGGUUCAGUGAGCGGCCACGCUCAGCAGUGCCCCGAUCUGUGUGUCAUCUGGGUCGACGCUCAUGCAGAUAUAAACACGCCCAUGACGUCGCCGUCAGGAAACCUCCACGGCCAGCCUGUGGCGUUCAUGCUCAAAGAGCUGCAGGACAAGAUUCCUGAUAUUCCUGGGUUCUCUUGGACUAAACCGUUCCUCUCUUCACGGGAUCUGGUGUACGUCGGACUACGGGACGUCGACCCUGGAGAGCACCACAUCCUAAAGAACCUGGGCAUCCAGUACUUCACCAUGAGGGAUAUUGACAGACUCGGCAUCCAGAGGGUCAUGGAAGUCGCUCUGGACCAUCUUCUGGCAAGGAAACAGCGACCGAUCCACUUAAGCUUCGACAUCGACGCGUUCGACCCGUCUCUGGCUCCUGCCACAGGAACACCGGUCAACGGCGGAUUGACCUACAGAGAGGGGAUCUACCUGGCAGAGGAGAUUCACAACACAGGACUGCUGUCGGCCAUCGACCUGGUGGAAGUGAACCCCCUCCUGGGGGCAAACCAGGAAGCGGUGGAGGCCACCGCGUCCCUAGCGGUGGACGUCAUCGCGUCGUCCCUGGGCCAGACGAGAGAGGGCGCUCAUGCCUCCAUCCCUACGGAGAAAAGCGACACGGAGCAGCUCUGCCUCUGAGAGCCUCGAGAAUCGAGAGCUGUCUGAACUUUAAGCCAUGCCUGAUCAUUCCAUUGUUUUUACUUUCUGCUGUUGUUUAAACUGGUGAAAAACAAGGAAAUUUCUGGUUUCAAAAGCAAAAGAACAAAACGAAAAGGCUUUAAAAGUCUUCAUAUGGGUCGUGCUGAGGAAAGCCUUUAACGUGAUUUGUAAGGACUGGACGAUUUGAUGAAACUGCUGCUUGUCUGAAAAGCAAUACUAAUCCACUUUUAUUUGUAGGAAGUGUUUUUAAAAAAUAAGGAGGUACCUGCCUCAAAGGCAUGACAUAGUUUCACUUUCUUUAAAGUUCACAGUCUGAUGUGAACUCUCAUUGUUUCGUGGCUGUGCCAGAUAGUCUAAAACUACUGUAGUAAUGUCACUUUUUACUUUUGGACCAGCUGUAGUUACUGUAUUGAGUUUACAUUGGUACCAGUACAUGCACUUUAAAUAUUUCAAUAAAUAUUUCAAUAAAUAAAUAUCAUUAAAAAAACAACAUUUAGCAUUCACUCAAACGCUGGGGAAAAAAAAAUACAUAUAAUGUAUUCACAUUAGACCUGUGGUCGUUUGUUGCUUCUGCUCUGAGAUCAAGACUUAAUGAUUAUUUACAAAGGAAACUUACUUUGGUCUUCCAUGAUGAAUGUGAAUAAAUGUUGGUUUGUAUACCUCU